UAAUUCACAUUACAUUAUUUUUGCAAAUUGUUAGUUCGUUUAUAAACUAAAUUCGAAGUCGGAGUAAAAUUUCACUCAAAAGGUGCGAAACGUAAAUUAAAAUUGUGAGUUUAAUACAACAGUUUAAGCCGUGAUUUGUCGGGAGACGUCUGCUUCAACCGAAUUUUCGCACUAUAGUUGUGGGGAGCUAAAUGUACUAAUUGUUCAAAAAUUUCGAUGAUAUUUUGAUUGAAUCAAAUUGAAAGCUAUGCCACUGUUUGGCAAAAAAGAUUCUGGCAAAAAGCCCAAAACCAAGGAUACGAAGGAGCUAAACAAACAGAUGUCAAUUGACGAAAAGUACAAUCUCCAUGGGCUCCUGGGAACGGGCGCAUUCUCGGAGGUACGCUUAGCCGAAAGUAAAGAUACGCCGGGCGAUCAUUUUGCGGUAAAAAUUAUUGAUAAAAAAGCCCUAAAGGGCAAAGAGGAAUCGCUGGAAAAUGAAAUACGCGUACUGAGAAGGUUUAGUGCAAAUCAUUUCGAUGGCAACAGUCCGAAUGGAACGCGGCUGACUCAUCCGAAUAUAGUCCAACUCCUUGAAACAUACGAAGACAAGGCUAAGGUGUAUCUGGUCAUGGAAUUAGUGACAGGUGGAGAAUUGUUCGACCGCAUAGUUGAGAAGGGAUCCUACACAGAGAAGGAUGCAUCUCACUUAAUAAGACAAAUCUUAGAGGCUGUAGACUAUAUGCAUGAGCAGGGAGUAGUACAUAGGGAUCUCAAGCCCGAAAACCUACUAUACUAUAGUCCAGAUGAUGACAGUAAAAUAAUGAUAAGCGAUUUUGGCUUAUCGAAAAUGGAAGAUUCUGGUAUCAUGGCAACUGCAUGCGGAACUCCAGGAUAUGUUGCGCCAGAGGUGCUGGCCCAGAAGCCAUAUGGCAAGGCCGUUGACGUUUGGAGCAUAGGCGUUAUAUCCUAUAUACUCCUUUGUGGAUAUCCUCCAUUUUACGAUGAAAACGACGCCAAUUUAUUUGCACAAAUUCUUAAAGGUGAAUUUGAAUUUGAUUCGCCAUAUUGGGAUGAAAUAAGCGAGUCGGCCAAGCAUUUUAUCAAAAAUUUAAUGUGUGUCACUGUAGAAAAACGCUAUACAUGCAAACAAGCACUGGCACAUCCUUGGAUAUCUGGAAAUGAGGCCAGCAGCAAGAACAUUCAUGGCACUGUAUCGGAGCAGUUGAAGAAAAACUUUGCCAAAAGUCGAUGGAAGCAAGCAUAUUACGCUGCGACAGUAAUCCGACAAAUGCAGCGAAUGGCGCUUAGCAGCAACAGCAGUGCUUCAGCUUCCACUCUAAAUAUAUCUACUGACAAUGGUAAUGGCAAAAUCUGUGUUAAAUCUGAGACAGAAGCUACCGCUUCCAUUCAACCAGCCGCGGCGGCGGCGGCGGCACUCUCAGCCUCAAGCACAUCGUCUGUGAAUGAAUCAGCACAACCCUUAAGCCCACAUAACGACAUCAAUAAUCACCAAAGAAUCUCGCCAAAUUGUAGUUUCAGCGGCCAAGCGAACUAAGUUUACGCACACAAAAUUUUAUGAUGAAUGGCAUAUGUACUCUGAUAAAAACACCUAGUCCAUUAAUGCAAAAUAUGUGCACUCGGACGGCGUUAUAUAGCUAUUGCCACUUUAUACCAAUUGGUUACUGCAAAACGACGACGUACAAAUAUUCUAUGUUCGCCACGUCCAUCGUACUUAGAUAGUUUUAAGUCAAUCAAGCUUGAACCUAACGCACAUAUGUUUGUUUUUUCGUUUUUAAAAAUUAUUUUUAUACACAACCUAUUGUUAGUAUAUCUCAAUAUUGUUAUUUAAAAAAUGUUUCCGGACUAACUCUUGUAAAUUGGUUUUCUGUAGUUAUAUGAAUUUAAAAUUUUGUCAACGUAUUCAUUAAAAUUAAAUAUUU